GCUAAACCACGCCCACAUGCCAGCUUAUUAUUUUCCAGAAAGAAGUAUCUUCAUAGAAAGAAGGCCAUAGACUAUAGACCAGUGUCUUUAAGAGGACCCUCUCACUGUUAGUGGAAGGUGAGCUUCAAGAUGGCUGACUAUUCUCCUCCCCGCUAUCCUUCACAAGCUCAUCGUCCAAGCAGAUACUCCUCAGAGGCUCCGCCCACUAACACACCAGGACCCUGGGCCCCGCCCAAAAUACCGUACCAAUCACCGAGUCAACAGACCACACCUCCUGACGGUGCUUAUUACAAUCAGCCGGCCCGGCCCCCAGGGUCAGGAGGGCAUGGUCAAUAUGAUGAAAGUGGGAGGGGCUACAGUAACGCGCCCACCAGCAGAUACGACACAACCACUGGACAACCUGACGAGUACAGAGGAGGUGGGGCUAGUUGCUAUGACGACAGCGACAGUGUAUCGCUGCCAUCCCAUAAUAAAAUAUAUUCAGGUCCAGUCCUGCCGACUGGGAGGGGCGGGGCAGUGGGUGGGGCUGGAUUGAGCAGAUACAAGAGCACAUCAGAAUCAGAAUAUCAUGGAGGAAAGAAAUCACCUUAUGAUCCACAGUAUUAUGGAAGUGGCUACACCCACUCUCAGACUGGCCACACCCACCACCCCCAGACCCAGUUUUAUGGGUACACUCUGCCUCCUAAAAACCAGUUCAGUGGCCAGCAGUCCCAGACCCAGUAUGGGGGUCAUAAUAUACCACCUCAGGCCCAGCGUGGGGGCCAAAAUAAUUCACAGUACAGGGAAAGUAAUCCUCAGACCCAGUACAGGGAACAGAAUAUUCCGCCCCCGACCCAGUUUGGUCAGAAUAGCCCUCCUUUUAGUUCCCAGACCCAGUAUGGGGGUCAAAAUAAUCCUCAGUCCCAUUAUGGAGGUCCUGACUCUCCCCAGACCCAAUAUAGAAAUCACUCAGGUCCCAUUGAGGGGGGCAGAGGGCAGCCCCCAGUGGAAUUUAAAUACAAUCAAUAUUCUAAACCAGUUCAGCCCCAGCCCACACCCCCAGCCACACCUCCAGGGGACACUGCAUCUAGUUUAAGAGAAGAGGUUGAGAUUCAGAAGGUUAUGAAGGAGAAACUGAUUAAAGAGAUUGGGCAUCUUGACGGACAGAGAAAGAUGAUCGAAGAAGAGAUAAGAGUCCUCACUGCAGAGAAGGAACAACUUGAUAUUGACGUGGAGCAUCUAAAAGUUGAGGAGAAUAAGUUCAGGACAAGGUUGAUGCAAGCUGAGCAGAACCUGGAUCUGGUCUCACAAGUGGCUGAGAAGAGGAGAUCAGAACAAGAAUUGAAGAAUGAAUCAAGAACCAGUGACACUGCUGAAGAACUCAAGAGACAGGAAGAGAGGAUAAAACAACUUGAGAUCAGUCUAAGAGAAAGAGAGUCAGACAUUAAGAGAAAAGAAAUGGAGCUACAGACACAAUCUGAUAUUUUGUAUCAAAGGAAUAAAGAGAUUAGUUUGAAGGAGUACGACCUGAGGAACAGUGGCAGUGAGCAACAGACUCAGAAUCGUUUUGAGAAAGAGAGGGACCUUCAUUGUAAGCAGCUGGAGCUGGACGAGAGAGAGAAUAACAUUAAUAACAAGGAACAAUCACUUCUGUCCCGUGAGCAACAUUAUUAUAAUUUAAAAGAAGAACUGGAUAGAGAUAGAGAGAGGUUGGAGUCAUGGAGACUCUCUCUGGAGAGUGAAGAUGAGAGAGUACAGCAGAAUAUGAAGAGUGCUUCAAAACUGUUUGAUGAAGCAAAACAAAUGAAAGAAGAUGCUCUAUCAGCAGCUGUUACCUCCACUCCCAUUAAAGACCCAGCCCCCACCAGUUCUUCCAAUCCGUCAGAUAAAGUUACUCCUACUCCUCCUACUGACCCGCCCCCAAAGACUCAACCUCACUUAGUGAAGGCACACACUAUAGGUCAUUCCAGUGGGGGCGGGGCCUCAGGGGGCGGGACUGAGUCUCAUAAAGACGCUAAAGGAAGGAGAGCAACUUAUUCAUUCACUGACCAGGUAGACCAGGGUGUUAAUGAUGAUGAAAGCAUUGCCCGUUAUAUGCAGCUGCAGUUGAAUAAUGAAACUUAUAAUGAAGAUUUGAAAUUUGCUGAGUCAUUGCAGGAGAUCAAUGAGCCACCUGAAAUUGAUGAGAAAACAACACUGAGAAUAAACCUGGGACUAAGUAAAGAUGCAACUGAUGAGGAAGUACAGGCACGUCUUCAAGAGUUUACUAAGUAACAUAUUAUUAGUAUAUUAUUAGUAUACUACUAUUUUGUAAUUUUGUUUGUUCCCUUGGCAUUUUGUGACUUAUUUUUUUUCACAAUAAUUUUUCCUUACUGCAUAUCAUUGACUUUAAUGUCUGCUACCAUGUAUAAUAUGACAUCCAAAUGUCUGUUGGCUAUACAUUUUUU